AAUGAGCGUGAUAACAGAUAAAUAUACAACGCCUCACACACGGCCCCCGGUUUUGCCUCUCUGAAAAAAUCGCAACUCCAUUCUGUAACUCCAUUUCUGGCUUAUUUCGCCGACAAUUUUAAUAAAAAGAAACAAAAAUUAGAUUCAAAACAAACUCUCCCACAACAACCACCGUAUAUAAUCUUUGCAUGUUCUUGGAGCUCCGGCUCCAUUGACGGAGCCCCAGCUCCAAAUUACCGUACCAUUUAUAAUUAUUUUUUGCAGUCAGAUCUCCUCAAUUUCGUUUAAGAUCGUGAAAUGUCCAAAGCCUGGGGUAAAGCAGGCGCUUGGGCCGACGAGGCUGAUCAGGCCGAAGCCGAAGAACGUGAAGCAGCUGCAGCAGUGGCAGCGUCGCCAAGCUUUCCUAGUUUGAAAGAAGCCGUUAGCGCGAAGCCCAAGAAGAAGAAAAUGACUCUCUCAGAAUUCAAUAUGGGCGGCUAUUCUGCCACAGGCGGUGCAGCCACUGAUUACGCAAAUGACCGUUUGACCCCCGACGAGAUGCUCCGGCUACCCACGGGUCCCAAGGAACGUACACCCGAAGAAAUGCAGCAUGGUAGACUCGGAGGAGGCUUCUCGUCGUACGGAAGGUCCGCCCGACCGAUGCGUGACCGCGAUGAUACAUGGGGAGGUGGCAAUAGACGACCGUACGGUGGUUUCGAUGACGAGCAGCAGCAAUCGAGAGGCCAGCCUUCUAGGGUUUCGAAUUUCGAGCAACCUUCUAGGGCUGAUGAGGUGGAUAAUUGGGCAAAGGCGAAGAAAUCAUUCCAAUCCGUACCUUCCCAGGACCCUGGUCGUCAUAAUCGCUACGGUGGUUUAGGUUCGGGAGUUGGAGGGUUCUCUCGAGCUGACGAGGUGGAUAAUUGGACGACUGGAAAGAAACCUAUACAAACGAGAACAUCUACAUUUGGUUCUGGGUUUCGUGAUUCAGAUCCUGAGCCUGAUCGCUGGACUCGAGGGGGUGGAUUCCGGGAUGAGCGGUCCAGAUUGAAUUUGAAUCCACCAAAAGCGGAUUUGGGGGUUAAUGAACCAGUGGUCGUGAAGACGAAUAAGCCAAAUCCGUUUGGAGAAGCUAGGCCAAGGGAGCAGGUUUUGGCGGAGAAGGGACUCGAUUGGAAGAAGAUGGAAAUGGAGAUUGAGUCCAAGAAAGCUACCAGUAGUAGGCCUAGUAGCUCCCACUCCAGCCGGCCUUCAAGCGGCCAGUCGAGCAGGUCGGAGAGUCAGGGACCCCAGGGAUUGGAGAGUGUUGGGAGGCCCUAUAGGCCGAAGGUGAAUCCAUUUGGGGAUGCUAAGCCUAGAGAAGUUUUGUUGGAGGAGCGGGGUCAGGAUUGGCGAAAGAUUGAUCUUCAUUUGGAGCAUAGACGGAUUGAGAGGCCUGAAACUGAGGAGGAAAAGAUAUUGCAAGAAGAAAUUGACCACUUGAAGAAGGAACUGCAGAAAGAAUCUGCAAUGAAAUCAGACGGGGAAUCCAUGCAAUCCGGUUUGCAUAAUAUUAUUCUUCAGAAAGAGCAGGAGUUGGAAAUGCUUAUCCGGGAUUUGGAUGACAAAGUUCGGUUUCGACUGAAAUCUGCUGAAAGACCUGGUUCUGGAGCAGAUAGGGCAGCUGGCUUCCCUGAGAGACCUCCUUCUCAGUCUGGAUCAUCUGAUGAAUCAAGAAGUGUGGAGUUCAUGGAUAGGCCUCAUUCACGAGGCAGGGGAGAUGUAUGGACAAGGCAUGUAGAUGACAGGAGAGGAUUUCAGGGUGGCAGGGAAAGGGGUUUUCUAGGUAACAGAAACACAGACAGGCAAAGGUCAAGAGAGAGAUGGUGAAGCAUUGUUGGUUGUAGAUUCAUUAUCUCCUACACAUUUGACAAGCAGGAUAAUAAUAUUUUGUUUCUCACCUUCUAGUUUUUUUAUUUUUUGGAAAAAUUGUUCUUUUGUUUUUUCUCUGAACAUGGAAAUAGGAUUGUUGAGAAGUGUGGCUGGGAAUUAAUUGGGUUGAUCCUGAAACACUAUGUAAAAUUGCAAAUUUCCCCUGUUUUUCAUUUUGUCAGCUCUGAUCUGAGGCAUGGAGCCUGUAUUGUUGUUAGGGCUCAAUUUUUGUUUUGGGAAUCUCUAGUCUAAUUGUUAUUAAUAUUUUAUCUUUUAUAUAUAUAAAAUAUAAUAUUCAUUCUGUGGCUA